AGCUAGUUUAACAAAACAAUAAUUAAUCCCAUUUGAAUUGAAAACAUUUUGGUCCUUUGAAACAUCCUACCGAAGUUUUAUCAAAUUUUUUAAAUGCAGAUGGACAUCUAAAGUACAUAUACAAAUCAUUUUUUCAUGUAAAUACAUAGAUUAAAGACAAUGGAUGCGUCGCGGUUGUUAUUAAUAUUUUACUUGCAAAAAUACUGAAGGUUAAAAAAAAACAAGUUUUCGGUUACCACAUAAUAUAGUUGAUCUUGAGAGAGUUAUGUCAAUACUAAAGAAGAAGUCAGUAACAACUAACGUGUGGACAAUUUAAUAUUACAAUCCUUAAUUUUGUUAUUAUAAUUAUUUUGGAUUUCUACACAUAAGAUGUAUUUAGACGGACAGCACGGCUUGAUGGUUUACACAGAAGAAGACAAGCAGGCAGUAAAAAAAGAAAUAGGAUUAAAAGAUAGUGUUCUGGAAGAAGAUAUCGAUGCAAUAUUGGAGUGGUUUCGGAAGGAACCACAUCUAGCUGACGCGCCGAUAGAACGACAUUUAAUUGAGAAAUUUCUAGUCGUUGCAAAAGGUUCUCGUGAGAAAACAAAAAAACGAAUUGAUAAUUUUUACAAGUAUAGAGCUCUCGCACCGGAACUGAUACAAACUAGGAUUGACGCACUCACACAGCCGGACAAACUGUGGACAUUUUUCCGUCAAGCGAUUAUUCCAAAAUUAUAUGAUGGGAAAAGAAUAACAAUAGUUGGGUUUAGCGGUGACGCGUCCGCUUUUGAUACUGAAGUUAUGUAUAGAAAUAUUAUACUUACGGUUGACUUACGUUUAAAGUAUGACUACAUGUUUAGUGAUAUUUGGGUAGUGGAUUUGAACAACACUGGUCUUGGACAUUUGUUGCGUGUGAAUCCUGUUAUACUUCAGAAGGCGGUCAAUUUGUAUCAGGAAAGUGUUGGAAUAAGAGUGAAACACAUACAUUGUGUGAACGCACCGGUAUUCAGUCACCACGUUGUAAACUUCAUGAAGAAAUUCGUCAAAGCAAAGAUGAUUGACCGUGUUAUAAUUCACGAUACAAUGGAGAGCUUGCACAAGUAUGUGCCAAAGGAGUACCUUCCAAAAGACUAUGGUGGAGAUUUGCCUACACUUGUUGAAUUUGCUGAGAGUUUGAACAAAGAAGUGAAAAAAGAGAAGAUUAAAGAAGUACUUUUAGAUUACUGUAAACUAGUUUCCGACGAAAGCAAGAGACCUCGAGAUAAAUAUGACGAAGAUUGUAUUGUGGGUUCAUUUAAAAAAUUGGAUUUUGAUUGAAUUAUUUAAAUGUAUGGGUGUUAGAGUAAAUUUCUUAGAAUGUAUUAAAUUAUAUCAAGUCUUUAAGAUUUACAGAUUAAGAAUAAAAGUUAUCAUAUGUAGUUUUAAUACAUAACUAUUUAUUUAACUUAAAGUGUACUCUGUGAUUUAUUACAUUUCUUCUGAAUCAAACAGUGAAAAUAAAUGAAGAUCGUAAAAAUUACCACAAUUGGCUGACAUUAACGCACUGAUCUAUACUUAAAGGAUAGGUUGCUUGGAAAUGAUAGCUUUUGAGUCGUUCUGUUGCUGGUAGUUUAAUCUAUAUUUUAU